AUGCACCAUUUACUCAUUUCUUGUUCCCGGUGCAGUUUUGCCCACAAUCCGGGUGCCAUCGCUGGCGUGGUCGUCGGCGCCGUCGUCGCCCUCGCGGCCGCCGCAAUCUGGGUCUUCCUCGCUUGGCGGCGACAUAACACUCGCAAGCUCGAGGGUGCCGCCAUCGGCCCUCCUUCGCGCUCGCGUAUGCGCCCCCCUUUGCAAGACGGGGACGAGGACGACGAGGACGACGGACUGGGCGGCCCCGUCAUGGCCGAGCGCAUGCGCGGCGGCGCGGGCAGCGGCCCCGUCGCAUUGCCUUUCUCGCAUGUGGAUCCGCGCGCUCCGAGCGGAUACGGCGCGCUCAUGCUGCCGGCUGCGGCGAAGAGCAGCCCUGGUGAAUCCGACUUCCUGAUGGUGGACGAGAUGGACGCGCACAGCAGCUCGGAGGACGUGUCCGGCAGCCAGUCGCACUCGGCCGGUCAUUCGAACGCUAGAUACGGCGCGUCCAGCAGCGAGAGUAGCGGUGGCCCAUCGGCACCUCGACGGUCGAUUCCGACAGGCUCAGCGAUCGGGUUUGGACAGGCAGCGGAGGAGAUGAAUACCGUAGGCGUGGCGAUUUCCGAGCCGCCGAGGGCGAUUUCGAUGUCGGGUUCGUUGCGGGCGCGCGACUCGAGCGGCCUCGAUCCUGGCGCGUGGCUAGGCGGACAUGUCAUCGCGCCCGUGCCUCGGUCACCGACGGCCGUCUCGUCAGGGGACGGGCACGCUCAGUCCUCGCAGGGGCACAGUGGUUCGUCGACCGAGGCGAUCGGUUUUCCGUUGCCGCACCCGAGCGACGGUUCGGGCGAGGCGGACGCAUCACCGACGUUGUUCCAUCAUUCGAGCUCGGCUCAGGGGCACUCCUCGUCCUCUGGGCACGGGCAUGACAAGCGCUCGUUGGCCUCUGGCGAGGGUCGCGGGUCUUCCGAAGGCCAUCGCACCUCAGGCUGGUUCGAGGCGGGCUCUCCUAACCCGCCCAGCAGUUAUCCUGCCAAAGCACCCCGAACAAGCACGGGCGGAAGCGAGCUCGGCCGGAGCCCUAGUCAGAAGUCGUUCUUUACCAGAUCCCUCCGGUGGAAGAGAGCCUCGCUCUCGCAGCCUGCUUCCGCGAUGGACUCUCAGGUGGACAUCACCGAGGGGCCGCGUUCGCCGCCCGGCGGGAGCGCUUCGACCCCGAACGUGCCCGCCUUCUUCUCCGCGUUCAAUCGGAGGCGAUCCGGUAGCAACGCUCCGGCGACGUGGUCUUCGGCGUCGUCUCCGCCGCAGUCGCCACGCCAAACGCUCUUCUCCGGUCCGCCUCCGCCCCCCGCGACGAUGCGGCGCCUGAAUAACCCCGGCCCGAUGCUGCAUUUCGCCGGCGCGUCGCACCAGCACGGCCGACCGUCGAUUGCGUCGCUGGCGGGCGAGGUCGGCGAGAUCGAGGUGGAGCCACAUGUGCCGAGGCAAUGGCCCGGGCUCUCCCCGGGGCUGACGCUCCCGCCGCUGCCGUCGCCCGCGAUCACGGAGGGCUCGGGUGACGUGCGCGAAGGUUUGUUGGAUCCGAACAUCCGCGGUGGACAUUAUGGGGGUAUGGUCAGCCCAUCGGCGGUGAGCUUGGCGGAUCAUCGGGAUUACACCCGGCCUAUCGGAGCGCUCGUGAACAACCGGAUGUAUAGCACGACGACCGUGGCGACUCGUCGGACAUUUGACACUCAGGACUCUGUGGACACUGCGACCAUACAGGACACGGACACAUAA